AUGUCAGCACUACCUACUAUUAAACAAGGUGAUAAAUUUGAUGUGGCCGUCAUUGGAGGUGGACCAAUCGGUUUAUCAACCGCCUAUAACUUGGCCAAGGAUGGUAAAAAGGUUGUACUUUUAGAAAGAUCUAACUUUUUCCAUCCAUCUGGUAGCUCUGGUGAUUUGGUCAGAAUGUUAAGAUCAAUGUAUACCGAAGAUUUUAUGGCUGACUUGGCAAAAGAGACACUUGGAUUAUGGACAGAAUUAGAGAAUGAUUCAGCUGAAUCAUUAGUUUGGAUGGGAGGUUUAUUGAAUUUUGGUAACCCAGAGUAUGGAGCUGGAGGCCCUGAAGGCACUUUGAACGGUCCCAUUGAGAAUUUGAUUCGUUUGGGUAUGCCGUACCGUCAACUAGACUCGAAACAAAUCAUGGAUGAGUUCCCAUUCAGAAACUUGCCAUCGACCUAUGAAGGAUUGUGGUCUCCCGACAAUGGGUGUAUCAACCUCCCACUGUUGCUUCGUACGCUCUAUCGUAUGUGUCAAUCGUAUGGUGUCCAGCUAGUACAACAGGCUCCAGUCACCAAGAUGACACCAGUUGGCACCGACAAGGUUGUUAUCGAGGUCAGACUAUCUGGCGCAACCAACCCGGUCACCAUUGAAGCUAUCAAGGCUGCCAUUACCUGCGGUGCUUACACCAACCAUGUGCUCAGACCUUCGUUUGGGUUUGAGUUGGAUCUCGAUAUUUGGGAGAUGAUGUACAGUUACUUUAGCAGUAAUGCCGGUCCCCAAGGCACCCUUUUCAAGUCGAUGUGGUUCCAAUUCGAAGAGAACAACCAAGACGGCACCAGCAACCUCUUUUACGGCUUCCCAGCCCUCCCAUGGGGACCUGCCAAUGCCUGCCGUGUCGCACUCGACGAUGCCAAGCGCAAGAUCACGGACCCCGACCAAGCCACGUGGAAGGUCGAAGACGCCGACAUUUCAUUGACGCGCAAGUUUGUCGAGAAGCAUCUGCCCGGGCUCGACCCAACCCCCAUCUUUUGUGGCAGUGCCCUUCAAACCAACGUCUACGACAAUAUGUUUGUUUUAGAUCAUAUCCCACAACACCCCAACAUUGUCGUGUUUACUGCCGGUUGGGCUAUGAAGUUUGUACCAUUAAUCGGUCGUAUUCUCAAAGAACUGUUGGUUGACGGUACCACCAAAUACGAUAUUUCACACUUUAAGAUUACUCGUGGAAAUAAUCGUAUGAUCAAGUAUCUCAAUCCAACCACUCCAACUCCUACCAGCUCGACCACUCCUCUAUCAAGUGUAACAUCACCACAAACAUUCUCCAAUGCCGUUCCACACCCAGUUCUAACUCAAUUGUUUAGAGCUCCUUCACGUACCACUACACCAGGCAACUUUGCACCAUCGGUCUUUUCCAUGCGUGGGUACUAUGCCAACCGUUGUUUGAGUAAGGCACAAGCCAUCAAAGAUGCUGCCCACCAACUCAAAGCAUCAAUACACCCCGCUCCACAAGCCAGUCCAUCCGAUCCGCUAAUGGCCAAACAAAAGUGCCAAAAGAAAUUCCAAGAUCUCAACAUUGGUAUCAUCGGUGCCGGUAUGUCUGGUCUCUACUCUGGCAUGAUUCUCGAUGAACUCGGUAUCAAGUAUCAUAUCCUCGAAAGUAACAACACCAGAAUUGGAGGUAGAAUUUAUACUUACAAAUAUUCCGACAAACCUUUUGAUUAUGUUGAUUUUGGUGCUAUGAGAUAUCCAGAAAUUCCAAUUAUGGAUCGUGUAAUUGGACAACAACAUUGGAGUUUGUUUAAUAAACUUAAACAAAAGGGACAUGAGAUCAAGACGGAACCAUACCAUUUGUCAGCCGACAAUAACAUUGUCUAUUACAAUGGCAAGAGAAUAUUUUCACAAGAUACUUUGGAAAAGGAUCCAUUGUUCUUUGCCGACAAGAAUAAUGGUGGGUUGGGAACUGCCGUGCCAGAUGUAUUUGCUGAACAACCAUACUCGGAUUGGUUGUACAUGGUGUAUGACCGUUUCGCCAAGGACCUUGAAGACGAUUUUGACACUGGUUUUGAAAAGUUGAUGGCUGCCGACAGUCACUCGACCAGAAGUUAUCUUGGCAACUUUGAUGCACCCGAGAACCUCAGAGUCAAGGGUCAGGCGACCAAGGGGUACCCCGAGCCAGUCAUUUCAUGGUGUGAAACAAUGGACUCUGCCUCUGGUCUCUACGACCAAGCCUUUUCCGAAUCCAUCAUGGAUUACUUUGACUUUUCAGGCCAGACUUGGAAGUGCAUUGAUGGUGGCUCUGUUGAAAUGGUCAAGGCGAUGGAGAAGGUCAUCAAGGGUACCAUCUCCAAGGGCAAGCGUGUCACCAAGAUCUCGCCCACUGCCGACAAGACCCAGUUGACUAUCAAUGUUGCGGGCGACCCCACCCCGUUGACCUACGACCAUGUCAUCUCGACCGUGCCAUUGUCCUGUUUGCGCAAGAUGAAUUUGAAGGACUUGAAAAUGUCGCACAAGAAGCGUGUGGCCAUUCGUACACUCCACUAUGACCAGUCGUGCAAGAUCGCCGUUCGUUUUGCCAAGCGUUGGUGGCAGGACCCAACCAUCAUGAAGGGCAAGCAUUUCAAGGGUGGCAAGUCAUCCACUGAUCUCCCACUCCGUACUGUUGUCUACCCAUCAUACGGUGUUGAAGAUCCAAAUGCUCCAGGUGUCUUGAUCGCCUCGUAUACAUGGGCUCAGGAUGCCGCUAGAAUCGGUGCACUCCUCCCUUCCAACAAGGCCCAAUUGAUCGACAUUGUCUUUGCCAACUUGGCCGAGAUCCAUGAUGUCUCGGAACAAUUCCUCGUCGAUCAACUCGGUGGUAUGUCCAAGGACAAGGCUGUGCAAGCUUGGGACUGGUAUGAUGAUGGUGACAGUAUGGGUGCCUUUGCUCUCUAUGGUCCAGGACAGUUCUCAUCUCUCUUCCCAUCGCUCGUCAAGCCAGAGGCCAACGGACUCUUCCAUGUCAGCGGUGAGGGUAGCUCGGUCCAUCACGGAUGGGUUGUCGGCAGUCUCAGUUCUGCCUACCGUGCCGUCGACCAAAUCCUCGAGCACAAUGGUCUCGUUGACAAGCGUAUCGAAUUGCGUGAAAAGUGGGGCACCAUCGAAGAAGCCGACCAUCCCACUGGCACCGUCCCCAAACCAGACCAUGCUCCAGGUCUCAGAUCUUUCAAUAUCUCUCAACUUCCAGAUCAACUUUCAAUGGGUGCUGCUGGUUUGAUGGGUCAUGUUCCUUCAAAAACUCAUCCAUUUGGUUUUGUUCCUCAAGGUAUUAGAAAAGGUUCUGCUGUUGGUGGUUUCACUUAUUAA